CUUUUAGAAUUAUCGUAACAGGAUAAUUAGGUUAAUGUUAUGAAAAUGGUUUAGAGUUAGAUUAAAUGCAACAACAACAAAAAAAAAAUUAUACUUUUUGACGUUAAUUUGAUCCCUUUAACCGACUGGAACAUGUUGUUGAAGGGACGUUUAGGUUAGAAGGAAUUGGCUCAGAGCUCCUGUCACUCUUCAGCAUCAUCUUGUUGUGAAAACGAAAUGACAUCAAAAAAAACAAACUAAAUUAUAGCUAAAACGGAUCCAUUUUCAUUUAGCUAUCUUGUCAGCUUGAGAUAUUAUCUCAGUCGGAACGCAGAAUUUAAUACUAAUUGUAUAUCAAGACGUCAUUCUUCAAUUGUAUUCAAUGGAAAAACGGAAUGGCCACCACGGCGAGAAUGAACCGGAGACCAGGGAAAACGAAGAAACGGCGCCUGCUCCACCGAAACAGUCGUGUUCAAGGAGUGACGAGUCGAAUAUUUUUAUAUUAGACGGUAACAACACGGAGACGACCACGACCGGGGGUUGUGCCACUACCGACGAACGACGCACAUCUACAUCCAACUAUUCGUCGAGGCAAAAGAUUGACUCCCUGGGAAAAAUCAGGCCACCCUUCCCUUGGUUUGGGAUGGACAUCGGUGGCACCCUGGUGAAGCUGGUCUACUUUGAGCCCAAAGAUAUCACAGCCGAGGAGGAGCAGGAGGAGGUAGAGAACCUGAAGAGCAUCCGGCGCUACCUGACCUCGAACAUAGCCUACGGUAAGACGGGGAUCAGAGAUGUUCACCUGGAGAUGAAGGACCUGACGAUAUGCGGACGCACAGGGAACCUCCACUUCAUCCGCUUCCCCACCCAGGAUCUGCCGGCCUUCCUACAGAUGGCACGCAACAAACACUUCUCCAGCCUCCACACCACCCUCUGUGCCACCGGAGGGGGUGCCUACAAGUUUGAGUUCGAUUUCCGCCAGAUGGCUGAUCUCCAGCUGCUGAAGCUAGAUGAGCUGGACUGUCUGAUACGGGGCGUUCUCUACAUAGACUCAGUGGUGUCCAAUCCUUCAGAGUGUUACUACUAUGAGAACCCUACAGACCCUGAACACUGUGUCCAGAAACCCUUCACUCUGGAGAACCCUUACCCUCUACUGCUGGUCAACAUCGGCUCUGGCGUCAGCAUUCUGGCCGUCUACUCUAAGAACAACUACAGACGAGUAACUGGGACCAGUCUGGGUGGAGGGACAUUCCUGGGGCUGUGCUGUUUACUGACUGGCUGCUCCAGCUUUGAGGAGGCUCUGGAGAUGGCGUCGCAGGGGGAGAGCACUCACGUGGAUAAGCUAGUACGGGACAUCUACGGAGGGGACUACGAGCGCUUCGGCCUCCCCGGCUGGGCUGUGGCCUCCAGUUUUGGGAACAUGGUGUGUAAAGAGAAGCGGGAGUCCAUCUCUAAAGAGGAUCUAGCCAGAGCCACCCUGGUCUCCAUCACCAACAACAUCGGCUCCAUCACCAGGAUGGUUGCGCUCAACGAGAACAUUGAGAGGGUGGUGUUCGUAGGGAACUUCCUGAGGGUGAACACCCUGUCCAUGAAGCUGCUGGCCUACGCCAUGGACUACUGGUCUAAAGGCCAGCUGAAAGCCCUGUUCCUCAGACAUGAGGGCUACUUCGGAUCAGUCGGGGCUUUGCUGGAACUCCUGGAUCCAUCCUGAUUGCUACGGUGGCCCUGAAGGUCAAACUAGCACUUAAGACCCAAGGACUGCUCUCACCCAAAGCCAGACUCGCACUUAGACUGUUAAACCAAAGACCGUCCGUCCAGCAGGACCUUUUACACUUUUAUCCUCCACACUCUAUUGGUGUGGUGUGCUUGCCUGUACAAGUAGUAGCCAGGUAGGUAGGCUUUACAGUAGCCAGGUAGGUAGCCUGUACAAGUAGCCAGGUAGGUAGGCUGUAUAGUAGACAAGUAGCCUGGUCCGUCUGCAUACGUUUGACAGGAAUAUGAAUCCCACCAGGAACGACCACCACUGUUGCCUUAACUUAACUGCUGGAUCAUCACAUGUCUGUUUGACAUGUUUAAUAUAAUUGCUUGAUUGCUCUGUCGCCAUCAGCAGCCGAUGGCUCAGCUCUAGAUGUUGACCUCCAUAGAAGGCUCCAUGGCUGGGGCCCAAUGGGCAUUCUACUGGCACUCGCGUCAGGGUUCAUUCCAGCCAAUACAGGGAAGUACAUUGACGUUCCGAUUGAUUCUCUUCAAUGCUUUUCAUUUAGGAAAAUGUGGAAUUUGGUUUACUUUCUCAAUUGACAGGAAUUGUAAUGGAAUUGAUCUCAGCCCUGAUUUACUGUUACAUUAAAUUAAUGUUGUAUCUUUUACUAUUGUUUACUGUGACGUUUUUCAGCUCAGCUGCAAAGUAAUUGCUACAUAUUGAUGGAAGAGGUUUUGAUUGAUAUCUGAUAAUGGCAAAUGGAAUAUUUGUGGGUCUGUUUUGGACAUAAAUGUUAAGUUUUUCACUUGAAUGAACUGUUACCAACGAAUCUGACUCUUAUUCAACUUUACAUGAUAGUUAAACAUUUAGUCUUUAUUCUGCCUUGAGACAAUCUCUCCUCUCUCUCUCCCUCUGUUUCUCGCUCUCUCUGUCUCUCUCUCUCCUCUCUCUCGCACUCUGUUUCUCGCUCUCUCUCUCUGUCUCACUCUCUCUGUCUCUCUCUCUCCUCUCUCCCUCUGUCUCUCUCUCUGUCUUGCUCUCUCCUCUCUCUCUCUCUGUUUCUCGCUCUCUCUGUCUUGCUCUGUCUCUCGCUCUCUCUGUCUUGCUCUGUGUCUCGCUCUCUCUGUCUUGCUCUGUCUCUCGCUGUCUCUCCCUCUCUCUCUCUGUCUCUCGCUGUCUCUCUCUCCCUCUGUCUCUCGCCCUCUCUGUCUUGCUCUGUCUCUGUCUCUCUCUCUCUCUCUCUGUCUCUUGUCUCUCUCUGUCUCUUGCUGUCUGUCUCUCUCUCUCUCUAUCUCUCUCUCUCUCUCUUGUCUCUGUCUCUCUCUCUCUCUCUUGUCUCUGUCUCUCUCUCUUGUCUCUCUCUGUCUCUUGCUGUCUCUCUCUCUCGCUGUCUCUCGCUGUCUCUCUCUCUCUCUGUCUGUCUCUUCUCCCCCAUACUAGUUUCAACUGUUGUCAUUAUUAGACUUUAACUACUUUUUAUUCAGAUCACUAUGCCAACAGGUACUCUUCUUGGAGUCCAUACACAUAACUAAAAAUACAUUACAGUUUAAAUAAGACACGGUAGUAGACAACACUUUCAGGGAUCUGGAUCUGCUGUAUUUGUGCAGUAUAGGGGUUUUAAAGGGGAGUCCUGGGUCGGACUCCCCUUUGCCUCCAGAACACCCUGAAUUCUUCGAGGCAUGGUAACGUUGCUUAAUUGGUAUCAAGGGACCCUAACGUGUGGCAGGAAAACAUUAUCCACACCAUUACACCACCGCCACCAGCCUGUAAUCAUAUACAUGCUUUAGUCCUAUCCCAAAGGCAAGUAACGUACACAAGUUGGUUGUGUUCAGCCUCGUCAAAUCAGCUGUAUAUAUAUAUAUAUACUAGUGCUUCACGUUCAGCUAAAUACAUUCUGUUAAGUGCCUGGUAUGUUGUAGUCUAGGAAAGGUAGAAAUACAGACAAUCGUAUGAAGACAUGCUUUUUUUUUAAAAUUCAGACCUGUCUUUGACUCCAUACACCAAGUUCUCUCUCUGUUGGUGAUAUAUAUAUAUCACUAUAUAUAUCAUCAAUAUACUUUUAUUUUUAUUAAUUAUUACUAAAUAUUUGUAAUAAAUGUUGUGUCAUAUAAAUUAUUUGAAUAAAAUCAUUUUCUGAG